AUGAAAAACUGCUCCAGCUCUUUGGAUCAGAACAACCUGGUCCAGCUGCUGACAGGAAAUCCUGCCUCGGUUUCAGGAGUCCUCGUCAGUCCAACCAACGUCAGGCUGAGCUCCAACAACUUGGACCUGGUUCUGAAAUGGGAUCCACCAGAUGGAUCCCCCAGCGGAGUGAUCUACACCACCGAGUUCAAGAGCUCGGUCUCGGGCUACAGGAACGGUUGCGUGAACAUCUCAGCUCCUGAAUGUGACCUGACCUCCAGCGUCAGCAGGUAUGGGACCUACACGGGAAGAGUUCGGGUCUUGCUGGGAGCAGAGAGUUCACCGUGGGUGGAAAGUAACCAGAUCAUACCGGACAAAGACACCAUCAUCGGUUCCCCGAACGUGUCGGUUCUGUCCAACGGUUGGACUCUGGAGGUCAGCAUCACAGAUCCAGAGUUCCACGAUUCAUCUCUGAGGGACGUGUACAGUUCGGCCUCCUACAACAUCACCUACUGGAAGAGAGGACAGGAGGAGAAGUCUAAAUAUGAGCUGGUAAAGCAGACCCGGGUGGUUCUGAACAACCUGGACCCCAAAAGCGAGUACUGUGUCCAAGUCCGCAUCGUCACAGACCGGAACCCAAACCCCAGCAAGUCCAGCAGCAUCAUCUGUGAGAGCACCACUGAUGAGGAGUCUCAGUGGGUCCCGGCUGUCAUCGCGUCUGUCGUCAUGGUGGGGGUCGUGGCUCUCGUGGUUCUGGUUGUGCUUAACUGGACAAAGAUUUCCCAGUCUCUUUUCCCCAAAGAAGCCCUGCCGCAGCACAUCGAGGCUCUCCUGGCGACGCCCAAAUCCUCCAUGUUUUUGGCGAUGAGUUCGGAGCUCGUUGAGGAAAUCAACUCUGUGAGCAUCGUUGCAGCUGAGAGAACAUCAGAGGACGGGAGGACAGCACAGGACAAGAGGACAGCAGAGGACGGGAGGACAGCACAGGACAAGAGGACAGCAGAGGACAGGAGGACAGCAGAGGAUGGGGGGACAGCAGAGGACAGGAGGACAACACAGGACAAGAGGACAGCAGAGGAUGGGACGACAGCAGAGGAUGGGUGUCCUCUGCUGGAGGCAGAAAGUCUCUGCAACAAACAGUCCAACAGCAGCACAGGGGACAGACAGGUGGACAAAGACAAUCAGGAAGAAAGAAUAGAUCCCGUCCUGGGACUAUGGACUUCAUCAUGA